AAUAACGUCGCACACUUUUAUUACUCAAUAGAAACAACAGUAAAACUGAUAUAGCAGUCUUCGUUUGAAAGGGAGGAUUUUAUUUAGACUAACUGUGAUUUGGAACGGUAUAGAUAAAUUGGUGAAUCAAGUUUCUAUUGAAGAAAUAAAGCAAGCAAAUCUCUCAUUUAACGUGUAACAAAUAACACAUUGUAUUGGUGGGGAGUGGAGCAGGGAGAGAUGACAGACACCCUGCCCAGUGAUGCUCCUGUCGCGGGGGCAGACUUUGAUAUGAUGAGUGCCCUGGACUGGCAAGACGGCAUCGCCACCUUGCCUGGGAGCGACAUCAAGUUUCGCAUGACAGAAUUUGGAACCUUGGAGAUAGUUACCGAAGCAGAGGUCAAAGAAACGGAGGCGGAGACUAAGGCAGAGACCGCCCCCGCACACAGUCCCACCCCUCCUCCAAAGGCCCAAUCAGAGCCUGGCACUGCCAGAUCCCCAGCCAAUCAGCUCCACACCCCUGCAUUUGAGGCUUUAGGCCCAGUGCUCGUGUCUUUAGAGGAGGGCCCCACCAUGGAGGGCCCCAGCAUGGAGGGCCCCAGCAUGGAGGUGGGCCCCAGCAUGGAGGUGGGCCCCAGCGCGGAGGUGGGCCCCAGCGCGGAGGUGGGCCCCAGCACGGAGGUGGGCCGCAAGGUGCAGCUGGCUCGCUGUAUCUCAUGUGUGGGCUCAGGUGCUCAGGGCAGAUUCUGCAGCUGUGUUUGUGCUCAGCCCUCGAGCGGAAGGUCCUCCCCUGGCGAGCCCAGGGAGAGAGAUGGUGCGGAGGGCGAGCGGCUGGGGAAACGAGUUCGCAAGAAGAGGAAGAUCUACAUGGACUCUGGUGACGAGGAGGAGGACAACCAGGAAGAGGAAGAGGAGAAGAGCAAGGGCAGCAAAGGCCGGAGAGCUGCUAAACUGGCCAGGCUGGUGACUGCCCCGUCCAAUAAGAAGCGAGCGUGGAGCUGGCCAGCCUACCUGGAAGAGGAGAGGGCUGUAGCUGCCCCGGUCAAGCUGUUCAAGGAGCACCAGUCAGUCCCUCAGAGCAGGAAUGUCUUCAAGGUGGGGAUGAAACUGGAAGGGCUGGACCCCUGCCACCCCGCUCUCUUCUGUGUUCUUACAGUCGCUGAGAUCCAGGGGUACCGGAUCAGGCUCCACUUUGAUGGGUACCCUGAGUGCUAUGACUUCUGGGUAAAUGCUGACUCGUGGGACGUGAAGCCUGCUGGCUGGUGUGAAAAAAUGGGACACAAACUGCUGCUGCCAAAAGGUUGUAAGGAUGGAGAAUUUAACUGGAGCAUGUAUGUAAAGAACUGCAGGGGCCAACUGGCCCCCAAACACCUCUUCAAGAGCCUCAACACUUCGGUGACUCCCUCUGGUUUCCGUGCGGGGAUGAAGCUGGAGGCGGUGGACAGGAAGAACCCGUCUCUGAUCUGCGUAGCGACCAUCUCUGCUGUCGUAGACAACAGACUACUCAUUCACUUUGAUAACUGGGAUGACACCUACGACUACUGGUGUGAACCCAGCAGUCCUUACAUCCACCCUGUGGGCUACUGUGAGGAGGCGGAGCUAACCCUCACCACACCAGCUGAGUACAAACAGCCCAAGAGCUUCUCCUGGGAGAGAUACCUGGAGGAGACUGGCACUCAAGCUGCCCCUGCACGUGCUUUCAAACAGAGGCCACCUCACGGGUUCCAGGUUGGGAUGAGGCUGGAGGCCGUGGAUAAGAGGAAUCCCAUGCUCAUCCGUGUAGCAACCAUCGCCGAGGUGGAGGACCACCGACUGAAGAUCCAUUUUGAUGGCUGGAGUAGGGAGUAUGACUACUGUGUGGAGGCCGACAGCCCUGACUUGCAUCCUGUGGGCUGGUGUCAGAAGACAGGGCACCCCCUGCAACACCCCAAUGGCUCCACAGACGUGGUGCUCCUCCCAGGCCAGGGCUGUCCUACCCCAGGAUGCAAUGGGGUUGGACACAUCCGGGGGCCGCGCUACGGAACACAUUACACGCAGGUGAGCUGCCCCUACUCAGAGAUGAACCUGAACAAGGAGGGGCUGGUUCCUGACCGUCUCAGUGGAGAACGACCCACCGCCCUCAACGGGCCUCAUCACCGCGUUAGACGGCCAGACCUCCAGACGGACACGCCCACCACGCCGACACACACGCCCACCACACCGACACACACGCCCGCCACACCAGAGCUGCCAGACGUUGCAGAGGACUCUCCUCAGAACAGGAGACUUCCCGUGGAGGGGGAGCGUUCUGUGCGCAGCAGCCAGCCGGAGCCACCGGGGGCAGCACCGGGGGCAGCCAGUGAGAGCGGCCAUAACGGCCCUCGACCUAAGAGGUCAGCUCUAGUCCCUAAAUACCUGAAGCUGCACUUGGUGAAGCAGGAGGGAGGAGGAGAAGGCAAAGGUAGCUGUCUCCUUUCCUUGUUGGCAUGUUGUGAGAUCAGUGUUUCUGCACACUCUGCCACUCUCUUUCCGUCUCACUCUCUCUCCUCUCCAGGGUCCCAGUCUCUCCAGCAGGCCCUCCAUGAGUCUGUGUUCUCCCCAGGCGUCUCCUCCCCCCCCCACAGGGUGCUGCUGUGCUGGGACAAACACUGCCAGCUGCUCCCUGAGGUGCUGGGGCUCACAGCCAAGAGAGUUGCCGCCUGGAGCGCUGAGGAGGUGGCCAGUUUUGUCCGAGGGCUCCCAGGCUGUAAGGAGCAUGCUGCUACCUUCAGAACAGAGCAGAUAGACGGGGAGGCGUUCCUGCUGCUCACCCAAUCAGACAUCGUUAAGAUCCUGUCAAUCAAACUAGGCCCCGCCUUGAAGAUCUACAACUCCAUCCUCAUGCUGAAGAAUGCUGACGAGGAGUAGAGACCAGGGAGACGUCUCCAGGGUCCUCAUGAGGAGAGACCAGGGAAACAUCUCCAGGGUCCUCAUGAGGAGAGACCAGGGAGACAUCUCCAGGGUCCUCAUGAGGAGAGACCAGGGAAACAUCUCCAGGGUCCUCAUGAGGAGAGACCAGGGAAACAUCUCCAGGGUCCUCAUGAGGAGAGACCAGGGAGACAUCUCCAGGGUCCUCAUGAGGAGAGACCAGGGAGACAUCUCCAGGGUCCUCAUGUCCGAGGUUUCUGACGCUCAGUCAAGGAAAAAACGACCCAGUAGACUGUGUGGCUGGGUGACCUUGCAUUACAGGAAUGGAGACCAGACAAGACCUCUAACAGACACACCUUCUACAGGAGGGACGUACUGGAACAAAGAUCUCUUUAAUUUAUUUGAAUGUUUUCUGGAUGAUCAAGAAUUUACUUGCUGGCACCUUUUGAGGCUUUUAAGUGCUGAAUAACAUUGGGUUCGAUUUCAUAUAAAUGUUAUAGUGAUAAUGAAUUUGGUCUAAUUUUCUAUUAAAACGAAAUGUUGCCUAGCACUGAACAAAUGGAAGAAGUUAUGUUCAUAAUAUUUUGCUUUUACUUGAAUAUUUGUUAUUUAUGGCUGCAAGAAAAAGCUAGAGCGUUGUGGUCAGAGCUGUUGGUGAAACAGCAGGGGACAGCAAAGCUGUUGGUGAAACAGCAGGGGGCAGCAGAGCUGCUGGUGAAACGGCAGGGGGCAGCAGAGCUGCUGGUGAAACAGCAGGGGGCAGCAGAGCUGCUGGUGAAACAGCAGGGGGCAGCAGAGCUGCUGGUGAAACAGCAGGGGGCAACUGUGAGCAACACAGCAGAAGGGGGGAGGAGGGAUCGUAGACAAUACAGGCGUGUGUGUGUGUGUGUGCGGGUGUGUUUAUAUAUGAGGAUGUCAUUUUGUGACUGCUCCUUCAUGUUUCUCCUGCUGUUUAUGUUGAGAGGAUAAUGCUAUGUGAUCAACCAGAAGACAAGCAGGCAGCUUGGGACAGCUAAAGAAAAGAAAAAUGGCUUCUUUGAAUUUUAUGUCAGUUAAUGAAUGUUGAUUAAUUUGAAUAUGCAGAUGACUCCUUGUUUUAAUGAAUAUAGUUUAUAGUUAUUUUAGGUGUUUCUAUGGUGAUGUAAAUCUGGCACAGACGCGAAGCUUCAUUUGAACUGACAACCUGCAUUAGUGAAUAACCCUAACCCAACCUCCAGUCAGUUGGUGCAAAUAAUAAAUGAUCAUCUCUAAGGAGUGUUUACAGAAUAAAAAAAAAAUGCUUUGCACCUCAAUGUAAAAAGUUUGUAAAAAUGUUAAGCAUUUUUUGCCUGUGUAAUAUAAAGCAUUUUUUGCCUGGGUAAUAUAAUACAUGUAUCUCAGUUCGGUGAGUUAGAAUAUGUACAUAAUAUUACUUUUUUUCUUCAAAAGGAGAUAUGUAUGUAGUUUUUAAGGGAUUCAGAUAUUCAUUUUUUCUUUGUGAAGUUGAUGGUCAGAUGGAAUUUGAGUGAAUGGAAUAAAGGAUGCACACUGCCUGUGUGGUCAACAGAU